AUGGCUUCGGAGAAGAUGCCCAUGGAGGCCAAGGACAGCGGCAUCGAGCCUCAUUCGGCGGCUGCGAGUUCCGACCUUACAAUCGAUCCAGCUGCAGAAAAGCGUCUGUUGAGGAAAUUAGACGUAUGGCUCUCGCCGAUGAUGAUCAUUGCUUUCUUGGUCGCCUACCUUGACCGCAGCAAUAUUGGCAACGCCGCAAUUGCAGGCAUGACGGAGGACUUGAAACUCACGGGCAAUAAGCUCAAUGUCGCUGUCACUGUGUUUUAUGUAACUUAUAUCACCUUCGAGAUUCCGGCAUCCCUGAUUCUCAAGAGAGCACGACCUAGUCGGCUUAUUCCAUUCUUCAUCCUCUCCUGGAGUGCUACAGUCAUCGGGUCGGCCUUUGUCACCAACUACGCCGGGCUUCUCGCCACCCGUCUUCUCAUCGGUGUCUUCGAGAGUGGUCUCUUCCCGUGCCUGACACUCUACCUCAGCACAUACUACAAACGCGAGGAACAAGCUCGGAGAAUAUCAUACCUUUUCGUCGCGGCUGCCUUGUCCGGCGCUUUUGGCGGUCUUCUGGCUUAUGGACUGACAGGCCUCCACGGCGCGAGCGGCUUGGCUGGAUGGAGAUGGCUUUUCCUCAUUGAAGGUGUCAUUUCCAUGGCGGUUGGCUUGGCCUUCAUCCUCCUGCUUCCCGACAGCUUCGAGUCGGCCAGGUGGCUCACGGAAGAAGACAGGGCAUUGAUGCGCAUCCGCGCUGAGCAGUCCAGGGUCUACCAGGGCGAGUCAGAGACGUUUGAUAAGCAGGAAGUAAAGCUCGCGUUCAAGGAUCCCAAGGUCUGGCUGUCCGCCGGCUGCCAGUUCUGCGCAAACACCUGCUCUUUCGGCUUCGGAACGUUCUUGCCAGUCAUCAUUCGCGGGUUUGGAUACAGCAGCAUCAAGACGCAGCUCCUCACCGUGCCGGUUUACAUCUGGGCUUCGGCAGUCUACCUCACCGUCGCAUAUAUGUCGGACAAGAUCAACAAGCGCGCCGUAUUCAUGGUUCCAAUGGCUUUGGUAACCGCUACGGGCUACGCUCUAAUGCUUGGCGUAAGCAUGAAGUCGACCUCUGUCCUCUACUUUGCGACUUUUGUCACCGCCACGGGAAUUUAUUGCGUAGUCGGCCUCAACGUCACAUGGAUUUCCAACAGUAAUGCCGGGUACUUCAAACGUGCUACGGCGAUUGGUCUGCAACAGACUAUUGGAAACAGCGCUGGUAUCAUGGCUGGACAGAUCUACCGUAUCACUACCUCGGACGGAAGGUAUACUAUUGGCCAUGCGGUUUCUAUCUGCACCAUUACGAUUGCGUCGGUUGGCUACUUCACCAUGUGGACUCUACUCAAUAGGAUCAACACUCAGAGGAAAAAUAUGAGCAUUGAUGAGAGAUCACGGGAGAUUGACCAAGGAAAGAAGGGCGACAGGCACCCCGACUUCCGAUAUACGCUUUGA